UUAAGAUUAGCAUAAAAGGAGGUGGGAAACAAGGGAAGGAGACCACAAACAUCCAUUUCUGGCUGAGAGCAAGGCGUUCUUAUGAUGUCAACUGACAGAAAUUGGAAAAGAACUGGGGGGGAAAGGAAGAUUUUACAGCAGUGCCUGUAAAAAAGCUUUCUGUUUCCUUUCCUGCAGCGUGGCAGGACAAAUGCUACCAAAUAAGGAAUCCACUGAGCUGAACAUUUCAAACACAGAAAACAGGAGCCUGAGCCAUUUUUAAUGAAUGUUCAACUUGGAAAAAAUCUUAUCGAUGUGAUCAUUAAGAGUAGGAAACCGUUUUGAUGGCACAUAAACAUUCAAAGCGAUCCAUAAUUCUGAAGGGCAAAAGAUACCUUGCCUGUCAACGUGGCUGCAUAUGAAAGAGACGAUUGCGCCAUCUGCCUCUGUUUCUAGGAUACUCUCACGGCGGUCGGGGCCAGCUCUUUCUUCCUGUUCAAUUCUUGGGCGGGAAAGGAAACAAUGGGUGCGAUUUCUUUCACUUUCACAAUUGCCCAAAGCUGGAACUGCUGCUGUGUUUUGAGCUUUUUCCUUCCCGGCGGCAUCAGCUGAGGGAUCAUGGCAGACAAGAAGUUGGGAGAAGUGCGCACCGAAUUUAUAAAGCGUGUUAACAAAACCAUCAUCAAGCAACUCUUGGAUGAGCUGCUCUGUGUGGGAAUCAUGAGUGAUGAAGAGGUGGAAGAAGUGAAUGUGACAGAUAAGACACAGGAUCAAGCAAGAAUUUUGAUCGAUAAUGUGAGGAAGAAGGGGCCUGAAGCUAGCCGCCGCUUUAUUGUCUUCCUCCUGGACCGAAAUGCUUUCUUAGCUGAACAAUUGGAUCUCCAAGCUUUCACUGCUGUAAUGUUGAACCUUUUGGGCUCAGCGUGUCAAAAAUUCAGAAAAAGCCUAACUUGACUCUGCUGCCACUUGGACAAAGAAAAAAACAAUUCUUAACAAAGUGUUGUUUGGGAUGGGCCGCAUAUAAAUGUAAUAAAAUAAAUAAAACUCA